GUGUGCUGCUGCGGCGACAGGAAGCCGACGUUAUUUAAUUUUCGGAAUUACUUAUUUUUCUGAUUUUUAACAAAACAAGUAUUAUUAAUAACUAGCAAAAUGUCCACUAUGGACGUAAAAUCUUUUUUGCACUCUUGGUGUGCUAAGCAAGGGCUAACACCGACUUUCGACAUUAGGGCUACGGGUCCAAGACAUCGUCAACGUUUUCUAUGUGAAGUUCGAGUGGACAGCAUUUCCUAUGUGGGAGCAGGCAAUUCGACUACCAAGAAAGAGGCUCAGAUGAAUGCCGCACGAGAUUUUGUCAGCUAUCUGACUAGAACUGGACAGGUCAACUCCUCAGAGAUCCCAGAGGAUGUCAGGGUUAAAGCUGAGGAUGAUGGAUCUGGUACCCAGGGACCGAUGCAUUCUAGUGCAAAACCUGUUUUCCAGGAAGGAAUGGACCCUCAAAGUAUGGGCCAAGCGUACCAAGCAUAUGGAGGACAGAACUACGGUGAAAACAGGAACUUCACCUAUAUGGAUCGUCUUCAGCAACAAAAGAAUGUGGAAGAGGCUGAAGACCUGGAUGUAAAUGCAAGUCUCCAUGGCAAUUGGACUAUGGAGAAUGCUAAGUCUAAACUUCAUCAGUUCCUACAAGUCAAUAAGAUUCAUUCGGACUACAUUUAUAAGGCUGUUGGGCCGGAUCAUACACGGAGCUUCUGUUGCGAGAUGUCGUUUUUCGUACGCCAACUGGGUCGCAACGUGACGGGGCGAGAAACUGCGUCUAACAAACAAACGGCCAGCAAGUCUUGUGCGCUGUCUAUAGUGCGACAACUGUACCAUCUUGGCGUCAUUGAACCUUUCAGUGGAACUUUGAAGAAAGACCGAUCAUCUGAAGGCAUCAUGAAACCUUACCCAGUGGCAAUCAGUCCAGAGCUCGAGAGUCAACUAGCAGAUACCUUGCAAGCCCUCGAAAUUGAGCCGGUAAACGUAGACACAGCAAGUCCAGAGCAGAAAGAGGGCGAAUCGCCAAGCGUUACGCUGUACCAAGUGGACCGAGUCAAGUUGGUGAGAGAAGCUCGUCCAACGCCCGGGGGUGUGGUCUCUUGGUCUCCGCCUCAGAAGAACUGGAAUGCUUGGACAGGAUGCAACAUAGAUGAGGGCCCGCUAGCAACAACGAACCUCGACGAGAUAAGUUCUGAUUUGGAGAAACAUCACCGUGACCUCUGUCAGAACAGUGAACUCUAUCAGAGGGUGGGUACAUAA